AUGAUCACGGGUAAGGAUAUCUACGAUGUGUUUGCAGCCAUUGUGCCACUGUAUGUGGCUAUGAUCUUAGCAUAUGGUUCAGUUCGGUGGUGGAAGAUCUUCACGCCGGACCAAUGCUCCGGGAUUAACCGCUUCGUUGCGGUGUUUGCAGUUCCACUCCUCUCUUUCCACUUCAUCUCCUCCAAUGACCCUUACGCCAUGAACUACCACUUCAUAGCAGCUGAUUCUCUUCAGAAGCUUGUGAUCUUGGCUGCGCUUUUUCUAUGGAACACCUUCACAAAACACGGUAGCUUGGAUUGGACCAUCACCCUCUUCUCACUCUCCACUCUCCCAAACACACUCGUCAUGGGAAUCCCUCUCCUCAAAGCCAUGUACGGCGACUUCUCCGGCAGCCUCAUGGUCCAAAUCGUUGUGUUGCAGAGCGUUAUAUGGUACACUCUCAUGCUCUUCAUGUUCGAAUACAGAGGUGCUAAGCUUCUUAUCUCCGAGCAGUUCCCGGAGACUGCAGGCUCCAUCACCUCCUUCAGGGUUGACUCCGAUGUGGUGUCGCUCAACGGCAGGGAUCCACUGCAAGCGGAUGCAGAGAUUGGUGAAGAUGGAAAGCUUCAUGUCGUGGUGAAGAGAUCAGGUGCUUCCUCCAUGAUAUCUUCCUUCAACAAGUCUCAUUUAACUUCCAUGACUCCUCGAGCUUCCAAUCUCACCGGUGUUGAGAUCUAUUCCGUUCAAUCAUCCAGGGAACCAACACCCAGAGCUUCCAGUUUCAAUCAAACGGACUUCUUCGCCAUGUUUAAUGCAAGCAAAGCACCCAGUCCCAAACACGGUUACACCAAUGGCGACUCCAAAGGAGCGACGCCGAGGACAUCGAAUUUCGAAGAAGAGAUGAUGAUGAAGAUGCAUAAUAAGAAAAGAGGAGCGAGAAGCAUGAGUGGCGAACUGUUCAACUCUUCUUAUCCGCCUCCGAACCCUAUGUUUUCAGGAUCUACAAGCGGCUUAAAGAAGAAAGAUAGCGGCAGCGGAACUACUCCUCCUAACAACAAGGAGUUGCACAUGUUUGUAUGGAGUUCAAGCGCUUCCCCAGUCUCUGAGGGGAAUCUCAGACAAGCUGUUCAUAGUGCUGCAUCUACGGAUUUUGAUAAGGCGGUUACACCAGAGACUCUUGCCUCCAAAGCUGUGCAGGAGUUGAUUGAGAACAUGAGUCCAGCACGUAGAGAGGCGGAGAUUGAGGAAGGAGGAGGGAAGAAGGUGGUGGAGAUGGAAGAAGGAGAUGCAAAGAAGAAGCAACACAUGCCGCCGGCUAGUGUGAUGACAAGGCUCAUCCUCAUCAUGGUUUGGAGGAAACUCAUUAGAAAUCCAAAUACUUAUUCAAGCCUUUUGGGACUCACAUGGUCUCUCAUAUCAUUUAGAUUUCACAUAGAAAUGCCGAGUAUUGUAAAAGGAUCCAUAUCUAUACUUUCUGAUGCAGGUCUUGGAAUGGCCAUGUUCAGUCUAGGUCUGUUCAUGGCAUUGCAGCCGAAGAUAAUUGCAUGUGGAAAAUCUGUUGCCGCGUUUUCUAUGGCAGUUAGGUUCUUGACAGGUCCAGCUGUGAUUGCUGCUACCUCCAUUGGCAUUGGUAUUCGAGGAGUUCUACUGCAUGUUGCAAUUGUUCAGGCUGCACUUCCCCAGGGUAUUGUUCCCUUUGUGUUCGCCAAAGAAUACAAUCUCCACGCGGAUAUCCUCAGCACUGCGGUUAUAUUUGGAAUGCUGGUAGCAUUGCCCAUAACAAUUCUUUACUACGUGCUCCUUGGACUCUAAUCAGAAUCUAUCUACUUAUUAUCUUGGAAGAAACUAAACAAGUGUGUGAUGCUGUACAAGAUAUAAUAUAUAGUAGUAUAGUACUAUUGAUUCAUAUCAAAGUUUUGAUUUUAUUUGUUGCAAAAAUUUCUAGCUAUUAUAGAUCAGUCUUAAUUAGAGAUGUUCACAUUUUUAUUUUGAAUUUUGAUAACACCAAUAUCAAUGUAGCAAAUGGUAUCAUGCAAUUUAAUAUAAGAAUUUUACUUGGCUAGCUGA